AAUUCUCUGCUCUGCCGGUGCGGGGAAUGUGGCGCGAGAGACCCCGGCAACGCUGUGUACAUACAAACUUCUUCCCGAAAAAAAUCAAUAAAUAGUUUUCUUUCGUUCUUUUUAUUUUAAGUUUGGGGAAGUUUGCUAUUAGGUACCGCUCAUCAAAGUGAAAAUGCCUCGUAGACGUCAGAGACAUAUGGUCGGCAGUGGUUCAGAUGGAACUGAAGACUCGGACUCCUCUGCUGAAAGAGAACAGACCAAUAGUUCAGAAAGUGAUGGGAACAUGCCCAAGAGACAGCGCCUCACCAGAGCCUCUACUCGCCUUAGUCAAAGCUCUCAGGAUACUCCAGACUUGAAGCGAGCUGCAGACCAUGAUGAAUCUCCGCCGUUGACGCCCACAGGAAAUGCCCCCUCUUCUGAAUCUGAGCUGGACAUCUCCAGCCCCAGCCCCAAUGCCUCCCACGAUGAGAGCCAGGCUAAAGACCAAGCAAACCGAGACUCUGAUAAGGACCUCUCCCAUCGACCCAAGCGCCGCCGCUGUCACGAGACCUACAACUUCAACAUGAAAUGUCCAACUCCGGGAUGCAAUUCACUCGGUCACCUCACAGGGAAACAUGAACGUCAUUUUGCUGUAUCAGGUUGUCCUCUUUACCACAAUCUUUCUGCUGAUGAAUGCAAGGUGAAAGCCAUUAGCCGCGAGAAACAAGAGGAGGAGGUGAAGGGGCAGGAAGAAAACAACUCGCGCCAUGCAACUCGUCACCAGACACCAACAUCAAAACAGAGCAGAUACAAAGAGCAGGUGGCUGAGAUGAGGAAGGGGAGAAACUCUGGCCUUCAGAAGGAGCAGAAAGAAAAGCACAUGGAGCAUCGGCAGACACACAGCAACACCAGAGAGCCUCUGCUGGAGAACAUCACCAGUGAAUACGACCUGGAGCUCUUCAGAAAAGCCCAGGCCCGUGCAUCUGAAGAUAUGGAGAAGCUGCGUAUCCAGGGUCAGAUCACUGAGGGCAGCAACAUGAUCAAGACCAUCCUGUUUGGCCGCUACGAGCUGGACACCUGGUACCACUCGCCCUAUCCUGAGGAGUACGCACGCCUGGGUCGCCUCUACGUCUGCGAGUUCUGCCUCAAGUACAUGAAGAGCCAAACCAUUCUCAGGCGACACAUGGCCAAGUGUGUGUGGAAGCACCCUCCAGGAGACGAGGUGUACAGAAAGGGGGGAAUAUCCGUGUUUGAAGUUGAUGGCAAAAAGAACAAGAUCUACUGCCAGAACCUGUGUUUACUCGCCAAGCUCUUCUUGGACCACAAAACGCUUUACUACGACGUGGAGCCUUUUCUCUUCUACGUCAUGACCGAGGCCGACAACACCGGCUGCCACCUGGUGGGAUACUUCUCCAAGGAGAAGAAUUCCUUCCUCAACUACAACGUCUCCUGUAUCCUGACGAUGCCCCAGUACAUGAGGCAGGGCUUUGGCAAGAUGCUCAUCGACUUCAGCUACCUGCUGUCCAAAGUGGAGGAGCGGGUGGGCUCACCCGAGAGGCCUCUGUCCGACCUCGGCCUCAUCAGUUACCGUAGCUACUGGAAGGAAGUGUUACUCCGAUACAUGUACAACUUCCAAGGCAAAGAGAUCUCCAUCAAAGAGAUCAGUCAGGAGACGGCCGUCAACCCGGUGGACAUCGUGAGCACCCUGCAGUCUCUUCAGAUGUUGAAGUAUUGGAAGGGAAAGCAUUUGGUGUUGAAGCGACAGGACCUGAUCGACGAGUGGAGAGCGAAGGAGAUCAAGCGAGGCAACAGCAACAAAACCAUCGACCCCAGCUCGUUAAAAUGGACCCCCCCCAAAGGGACAUGAGCUCUAAAGAUCCUCAGGCUACUGAAUGAACUCACCUGCAGCCUCACCAGCCACAAGUAGCCUCGACCUACCAACUGUCAAUAAAGACCCGUGUUCAUUCUGUCCCAUCAUUUUACCCGCUUUGUUUUUGUCACUGAUUCUUUUUUUUUUUACUUUUUUAUAUUUUACUUUCAUUUAGAUUUUAAACACCAAACGUUCCAAGUCCAAUAAUUCUGAAUUUAACGGUAGAGAAUGUGUUUUCCUAUUUGUUUUAUAUAUAUAUUAAAAAAAAGAAGAAAAAAAAACUGCCUGCAUCUACUAAGCUUUGAAUGUUAAAUCAUAAAUAGUCCCGUGUUGAUGGAUAAACUACAUUUACAGGCGGUUAUUUUUUAUUUCAUUCAAGAAAUGUGCAUUUUUCUUUUUUAAGAUGGUAGUUUUUUUUGUUUGGGAUUAAAUCCGAUCAGUUCCUGCAAUGAGUUGAAAGCCGUGUACGAUGUCUGGUAACGUCUUUGGUUGGUGGUAAAGUUGUAUAGAUUAUAAUAAUUGUGUACGUAUAUUUUUUUCUAGCUCUAUCGAUACAGGAUUUGGACCCAUUCCUCCGACGAACCUGCCAAAUAAUGGGAAAAAAAGAAAUGAUAUUUUUAAUUGGCUGAGAAAACAAGACGACGACGACACCGCCGUCAGAAUGCACAGAAAUAAAACGAGCUCAGGUUUUUAUACUCCAUCGCACCUUGCUUGUGUGGUUUGUCCGAAACAUCGAUGGCAGUGGUCGUUGCAGAUGGAAAUAUUAAAGACUCUGUAACACACACAACACAUUUCAAUGGGACUGUCUUUGCCUUGUACUUUUAAUUGCAAGUUAAAUGUGCUUUAGCAAUUUGAUAUUUUUAAUAUCAAUAAAGCUGCUUUGAUAUUUUGGAA